AUGGAGCACGAGGGGGGUGAAGAGGGGCCGGCUCCCACGGAGGACGGGCCGGCGCAGCUGCAUAAGCUUCCCACGAGGGCACCCAGGCGAAGCAACAGCGGCGGGGACGAGAAUCUCGGGGCAGCGGGAAGAAGCAUCGGCUUCAGCUCCCCGGUUGCAGCAACCCCUCGACGCCGCCAGACUAAUAUGUCCACAGGCAAAUCGCAGUCUGUGAGGGGACCCAUGGGCUCUUCCUCGGUGGACGCUUCGAUGUGGGUGCCGGACGACAUGGCGCCCAACUGCUGCGUGUGCAAGGCGGAGUUCGCCGUGUACAGGCGUCGGCACCACUGCAGGACGUGCGGGAGGGUGACGUGCGACGAUUGUUCCUCGAAGCGCAUCAGAGGGGACCGGACGUGCUUGCUGUGCUGGGACCGGAUAGGGAGGAAGAUGUCCGGACUUGGCCUGCCCUCCAACGACGACCGGGCCGCGGCUGGCGCCGCUGGCGCCGCUGGCGCCGGAGGCGUCCGCAAGUCUGCUCUGUUUUCGCUCAUUGAGGAGGAGCGCUACAACCGCAGUUUCGUCCGGGCCGACGGCAAGACUGUCAGCUACUCCGUCGCCGGGGUUCCGGACGGACUUCCGGUCUUCCUGUUCCUGGGCCUCGACUCUCACAGGCACUCGGCCGCCCACUUCGAGGACAUCGCUCGCCGCCGGGGCCUGCAGCUGAUCUGCAUCGACAGGCCCGGGAGGGGACGCUCCGAUCCCAUACCUGUCCCGGAGGUCGAUGCCGAGGCGGGGGCCGAGGUGGACGUUCAGGGCUUGAUAACGGAAGCGACGGAAGCCGCCGUGGUCGACACGAUCAAGCAGCUGUGCGCAAAGCUGCGGAUAGGGAAGGCGGCAAUGGUGGGGCAGUCGGUCGGGGCGGUGUUCGCGAUGGACUGCGCCCGAAAUGAGGAGCUGAAGGACGUCUUCGAAGGCACUACGGUGUGCCUGGUGUCGCCGUGGGUACCGCUGGCAGCUAGAGGGUGCAACACCUUCCUCCAGAAGGCGUCCUCUAUGCCGGCGCUGACGAGCACCGUCGGCCGUCUCGGCGGCGAGAUGAUGGUGAAGCAAGUUGGGGACAUGGCGAGGGGGUCUAGCGGGGCCAGCGAGGUGGAGAAGGGCUACUUGGAGGCACCGUACACGCAGGACCUGAUCAAACACGUGUCCGGCCUUAAGGAAGGGAAGGGGUCCAUCAAGAACGAGGUAUUUCUUGCCCUGCACAACAAGGGGCCGGAAGAGGCCAUGGAGCGGUGUACGGGGGUCAUCCACCCCGUCAAGAUAUGGCACGGAAGGUCGGACCAGCUGGUGCCGUAUGCGGCGACGAAGUGGCUCGAGCGCUCGCUACCGUCCUGCACGAGCGCGGUCAUACCCGGGGGUACCCACGCGCUCGUUUACGACAAGGGAAGCAUGGAGGAGGUCUUUACGGCCGCGCAGAAGGGGGUCCAGGAGGCCCGGGUAAGCAAGGAGCAGUGGAAGCGCAAGUCUACCGCCCGUUUCACGGCCCGGCGACUAGGCAGCCAGCUGUCGUACGUGGCUUCGAACGUUUUCUCGCCGCGGGAUGACACGUCCCCUUCGGCGGCGGCUACGGCGGCGGCGGCCGCGGGCGCGACGGCGGGCAUGAUGAGCCCUCGCUCCACCAAGAAGGUGGAUCAGGCGACGCCGAGCGAAGUGACGGCGGUGCAGGAAGGGCAAGCUGCUGGCAAGAAGGAAGACCCACUAAACCUCCGAAAAAUGGUCGCGAAGGCUAUCUCGAGGAACGCCAGCGGCACCCCCGAUUCCUCGGCGCACUCGCUCGCGUCCGCAGCGAACAACAGCCGCCACAACGCGGGGACGAACUGCGGCAGCAGCGGGCAUGGCAGCGGCAGCGGGCACGGCAACGUCAGCGGGCAUGGCAGCGGACACGGCGUCGUUGGAAUGGGAAGCGGCCACGGAAGCAGUGGGCAUAGCCUCAGCUGGCACAGCAACGGCGCGGGCGGCGGGGGCAGCGGCAGCGGCCACGGAACCGCCGGUCGGCGCCUGUCCGCCCUGUCCUCGUCAAGCACCGGUAGCCGGCACGGUCCCGGUAGCAGCCGUCAUGGGUCGGAGUCGGCGCCGCCGCCUAUCCCCGAGAACGGGGAGCUUGUCGGCACCCUGGACAGUUCCGGUGGGAGUGGCAGCAGCAGCCCCGCGGGACUGCUCGGCGAAAUCGGGAAGCAGUUCAGCCUUGCUCUCAACGGGUCUUUCGGCCACGAGGGGAGCGAUACAGGGGAGGCUUCGAUGCCGCCGCCGCCGCCGCCGCCGGUGGCAAAGCCGAGAGAUGCGGGGGCGACGGCGGAGAAAGGCCUUCAGGACACUUCGUCUCAUUCGGAGAAGACCGGGGACAUGGAUCAGGGGCGAGAUGGCGGUGGUGGCGGCGGGGAAGACGAAGCUACCAAUCUCGACGCCGACGCGAGUGGCGACAACCGCUUUGGGCGUGCCUUCACCGGUGCCGGUGCCGGCGGUGGCACGCCGCACUUGAACGACGGCGGGCGCGACGAAUCGAUGGGGCCGGCAGAACGCGCGUUUGCGGCCGCCUUCGGCGGCGGCGGUGCCGUCUGCAGCACUCCCCGCGUGACCUCACACCCGAAGCUGUCGUUCGGCACGCCCGUGACGGAACGCGUUGUCUCCACGUCGACCAGCGCUUCCGUCUACGGCACGCCGAGUCGGGUCACGCCGAGCGCGUCCGUCUUCGGCACGCCUCUCAGGGGUUUCGCCGCGGACACUGCCGGGCCCAGCGCCGGCAGCACCGCCGGCGGUAGCGGGCAUGGCUCCGCAGGCCCCGUCCGCAAGAGCUCGUUCGCGAUCGAGGGUGUGGUGGCGGUGGACAAGGUGGCGGGGUACGAGGCGGCGAUGGCGAACUGGCCGGCGGGGAAAGUGGAGGGGAACCCCGCGUGGGAGGAGUGGAGCUCGGCGAAGAAGCUGGUGUGCCACCUUGUCACCGCGGGCUGUUUAGCCGUGAUCGUGCUCACGUGGUGAUGGUUGUGCGCCGUGGUUGUGGAGGGGAGAACCUCUAUUUUUUCGUUUUGGCGAUCUCGCUUGUGGCUGAAGUUAUCGGGCCAGCGCCCCACGUGCUGAGAGAUGGCAAGAGGCGCUGUGGUGGUUUUAAUGUUCGGUUUUGACAAUCGGUGCUGGCAAGGGGGACGAUCCAUCCCAUGAGUGAUUAUCUUUGUGUUUGCUAUUUGGUGUACGUGGAAAGAGAAUGCCUUGACUUUUAAAGAAAAACUUACUACUGUCAGCGCAUGUUAGUUAUCUGUUACAUACAGUCCUUGGUAUUAUAGUUGGUUCGGCCGGCGUGCUCACCGGAAAUUCAUAUCUACAGCAGUAGGUUGGUGCAACAAGCAAUGUGGAAGAUUGUUCGUUCACGUGUUUGCCCGGCGAUAGCAGCCACCGGCCGAAGUAGGCCCUGAGGAAUUGAAUGUUUCCGGAGGCGGUAGGAUUCGUACUCGAGGUCUGUUAGGUUUCUUGUAUGUCUUCGACCUAUUUAGUUGUCGUGGGAGGCAGCCUACCGGCAGCUUUCCCCGUGCUCGACGUGUUCACGUGUUGUGCCCUCUGAUGUGUGAGUGUUGGUCGUGUUCGCCUUGCAUGGUGAUUAUUCGCGUCGUGGAAACACGGCACAGCAACAAACAGGGCAUAAGCAAGCAGAGAUAAGCAAGCAGAGCAUAAGCAAGCAGAGCAUAAGCAUACCGUAACAAGACAUGGCAGCGUCCUUGGCUUAUAUCGAAUCGUUUUAUGCAUAGAAAAAUUACUUCCGUUGUUGGGCACGUGUUUCAUUGAAUGUUGGGGAGGUAUAUUCACUCAGGGGUGCGCCGACCAGAGUAUUUGCCUCCCGAUUUGUUCCCUGCGUGUUUUUGGCGAAAGUCAUUCAAUUUUUGGGAAGCUGCCAACAGGCGGGUGGGGCAUGUGUGUUGUUAGACGGGAUGGGCGAAGGCUUGGGGCCGGUGUUGUUGUCAUCAGACAAGUACCGUAGGUUGAGUAAGAUAUCACAUCCCCUGGGAACGAUUUUCGAAGCUCGGUACCUCGGCAGGAGAAUCAGUGACGGUGCCGACAAUGGCGGCAUUGGAACCGUCUCGUCGAGAGCUUUCCGAUAACAAACGUAUACUGCAAUUUCAGCAUCCUCUUCGUCGUGGGGUAAUCGAGCUUUGAAAAUCGGUCCACGCGGUGUGGCAUCUGAGGCAACCUAGGGUACCUUGCUGCGUCGAUCGUGUGUGACGAUUUUUCUCUGUGUUGUUGGGGGGGGUGUCGGUUAGCGUGGGCGUCCGGCGGCUUUGGAAAACUCCGAACAUGGAACACCACAGAUUGGGACAUUUUUUCGGGGGGAGCCAGAUCGUGGCAUCG